AGCUGGGUGUGGCUGGAAGGUCUGGCCCCGCGCUAGAUGCCCCCGCCCCAUGAAAUUCAGACCCAGUCCACGGCAGUUGCUGUAGGACCCAUCCGGCAUCAGUUGAGGGGAUUUGGAGCUAUGUUUGGGAUCGGACAGCAGCUGCAUAGAACGAGCCAGGAGGCACCCCACCUAUAGGAUGGGCAAGGUGCCGGACCGGGGCAGCAGAAUUGAGAAACUACAGUCCAAGAAAGUUAAAUGACUUUCUGAUGGUGACAUAGGAGGUAACAUAAUUAUAUGACUUCCUCCAGUGCUACUGAGCAGCAAUUGAGCAGAAGACAAGAAGGCACAUGACAAAGGAGUAAUCCAGGGCAAUGAAUCAGAAUGCAAUCAAUGGCCACAACAUGCACAGAGGACAGGAUCCAGCAUGCCUUAGAACGCUGUUUACAUGGCCUCAGUGUCAGCCGGGGUACUACCACCUGGACAGCUGGGCUGUGUCUAAACUGCUGGAGCCUGCAAGAGCUAGUCAGUAGGGACCCAGACAACUUUCUUAUCCUCCUGGAGCAGAUCUUACAGAAAACCACAGAGGUACAAGAGAAAUGCAGCUAUGAUCUUCUGGCUCCCCUGGCUCUGCUUUUCUACUCUACUGUUCUUUGUACUCCACAUUUCCCACCAGAUUCAGAUCUCCUUCUGAAGGCAGCUAGAACCUACCACAGAUUUCUGACCUGGCCCAUUCCUUACUGUAGCAUCUGUCAGGAGCUUCUCACCUUCAUUGAUGCUGAACUCAAGGUGCCAGGCAUCAACUACCAACGACUAGUGAGGGCAGAACAGGGACUCUCCAUCAGAAGCCACCGAAAUUCCACUGUCACUGUACUACUUUUGAACCCUCUGGAGGUACAGGCUGAGUUCUUAUCUGUGGCCAACAAGAUGAGUUUCCCAGAACCUUCUCCUCGUAGCACCUAUGUCACAUUGCUGCAACAUGUUUACCAGGCCACCUUUGGGGUAUGCUGUGACCUGGCCCGCCUACACCUCAUGCUUCAGUCUAAGACGGUGACAGAACUGGAGGCCAUCUUUGAGGAGACUACAGAGGCUCAGGAACUAGCCUCUGCCAUCAGAGACCCUUUGGAGGCCCGACAGUGGCUGAAAGCCAAGUUAAAAGCUGUAGGAGAGAGAGCUGGCUUCCCCUAUAUCUCAGAGACAGCCCAGUCCUGUAAGCUGUAUACCAUCCCCAUCCCAGUAGCCAGAUGCUACACCUGUAGUUGGAAUCAGGACAGCUUUGACAUCCUAAAUGAGAUCUUGCUUAAAGAACGAGAAUUGUUCCAGCCAGAGACCCUCGAGGAUGAAGAAGAGGAGGAAGACUUGGAAGCAGAUGGAUGCUUUGCUGAGAGGGACUCCCUGUUCUCUACUUCUUCUAUGGCAUUCAGAGACUUGACCAGGUCAACAGCCUCACUCCCAGCCUCUGUCCCUGGCUUCUCGAGUCAUCUGUUAACCUCCUUUGUCUCAGGCCUCUCAGACUGCAUGGACAGUGGCUACAUGGAAGAUAGUGAUGAGAGUUCCCCUGAUCGGCCAAGGAAGGCAGAAAGCCAGGAAGAACAAGAAUCCCAAAGGCCUAGGAGAAAGCUCAACAGAAUUUAUAAACUCUUAAAGAGCAAGAGCCACCUGGUGCUUCGGAGAGACUCUCAAAGCCCUGUGAAAGGGGCUAGCUCAGUUGAGCUCCCUCUUCGGCGGACAGGGAGUCUGUGCAGCCCUCUGAACAUCCCUUCACCACCAUCUUCCUGUUCCCAACGUUCCCAUUCCCUUCCCCAGCAUAUGCUGGAAAGCCAGCUUUCAAGCUGGCUCCAUCCCACUGCCACACAUCAUCGACAUCGGAGGCCCUUCCUUAGUGGCGAUGAAGAUUCCAAGGCCUCUACACUUCGUGUUGUUGUCUUUGGCUCAGACCGGAUCUCGGGGAAGGUUGCCCGUGCUUACAGCAAUCUCCGGAAGCUAGAAAGCAAUUGCCCACUCCUGACACGGUACUUCAAGCUUCAAUUCUUCUAUGUCCCAGUAAAACGAAGUUAUCAGCCUAUAUCUGGUACCUCUUCUGCUCCUUCAAACCAGUCACACCUCAUGUCCACAGAAUCCCUAAGGCAUCUGACUCCAAUGGACAUUACCCUGUCCUCAUGGGAGGACAGCACCAAUGACAUUUCCCAUUACCUUGGAAUGCUGGAUCCCUGGUAUGAGCGCAAUGUGCUAGGACUGAUGCACCUGCCCACUGAUGUCUUGUGCCAGCAGACUUUGAAGACUGAGACUGGGCCACUGGAGAGUGCCCAGGAGCAGCUGCCCAUCCUGGCAGACAUGCUACUCUAUUACUGCCGUUUUGCCACAAGACCAGUCCUUCUGCAAGUCUAUCAGACAGAGUUAACCUUCAUCAGUGGAGAGAAGAUGACAGAAAUUUUUAUCCACUCCCUGGAGCUGGGCCACUCUGCAGCUGUCCGUGCUAUCAAAGCUUCUGGUCCAGGCAGUAAACGGCUGGGUAUUGAUGGAGACCGAGAAGCCAUCCCACUUACACUACAAAUUAUCUACAGCAAGGGGGCUAUUAGUGGACGGAGCCGCUGGAACAAUUUGGAGAAAGUGUGCACCUCUGUCAAUCUUAAUAAAGCCUGCCGGAAGUUGGAGGAGCUAGAUUCUAACAUUGAAGCACUGACCCUGACCCUGACUGAAGUGGUGAAGAGACAGAACUCUAAGUCCAAGAAGAGUUAUAACCAGAUCAGCACAUCACAGAUUAAAGUGGACAAGAUACAGAUUAUUGGUUCCAACAACUGCUCCUUUGCUGUUUGUCUCGAUCAGGAUGAACGAAAAAUCCUUCAGAGUGUGGUCAGGUGUGAAGUUUCUCCAUGCUACAAAUCUGAGAACAACAGCCUUUGUCCACAGCCUCAGAGACUUUCCUUCUUGCCACCUCAAAACUCACCUGACCUCUGCUCCUUUUUGUGUUUGCCCAUCAUGACCUUCAGUGGAGCUCUGCCCUAACACAGCAAUCUCUGGAUCUCCAUCUGGAUCUGAUACAUCACAGACAUAUGGACCCUACCUCCCAAACCCAAGCCCUCCUGAUCCAGAGUACCAGAGCUGGCUAUUGAGGUUCUCCCUACAUAGGAUGAAAUUCACUAUCAAUUAGCCCGUUUCCAGGACCCUGAUGAUGUUUUUGAUUUUUCCCUCAGCAGGAAAAGGACAGAAACCUUUAGCCCCAUAGGAAGAGGUUGACUUCUGCUCAUAUUAGUAUACUUUAUAUGGAAGGGGGAAGAGAAGGGCAUAAAGGGGGUAAGGAAAACAUAGAUUAAGUCCAUCUUCCCUUCUGACUAUGUAGAUGAAGUGGCUUUAGGCAAGGCAAUUACCCUCUCUCUGAGCCUUAGUUAUUUCAUCUAUAAAAAGGAGAACACCUUACCCAUCCCUAAAGCUAGGCACCUGGAAUUUAUAAUCUUACUUUAAGAUCUAUGAUUCAUCUAAGAGUCCAGCUGUUCUUCAGUUAUGUGCCUUGGCUGUUUUGUGGCCUUGGUUCUCUCUUCUUUCAUUCCAGACUGUGGGUUGCGAGGUUGGGAAGAGAAUGGAGAACAAAUAGGGGAUGAUUAUUUUCCAGAAGACCAUUCAGACCCCAUUCCACUGCCUUUUUAGCCCUUUAUUCUCUGUAGAGAUGCAUGUCAAUGUUCUAUGAUACCCCCUAGCAUUAUGUUAAGGGUUGGAGGCAAUGUAAGAUAUAUGAGAAGUUUACAUUUUAGUUGGAAAGACAAGAUAAUACAUAUGGCACACUUUAUGUGCAACAGUAGAUUAAUAAUAUGGUUAAACAUAUCUAGGAAUAUAGUAAAGAAUUAAUGGUACCUCUGUUUAACUAUAAACAACCCACUCUAGAGGGGAGUUUGGUCUAAGGCAGCUCCAUCUUGGCCUGAUCCAAGAGGAUUUAUUAAAAAGCAACAAAAAAAAAGAUUUUGUUAUACUAAAACCUCACCUGUAUCAAGUUCUAUGGUUCCAAGACUUUGUAUUUAGGUUCAAUUGUACCAUACCACCCUUUAUGUACAAAGAAUGUACCUAAUGUACAACAUUAUAUAUGCUCCUUUCCCUAGUCCUCUUGGUAGAGAGUAGACUCCAAACUAUGAUGUGUAGCCAGGAAAAGAGAAAUAUUUAAAGGAAUAUAAUGUGAAAGAAAGACAGAAGGACUGGACUUAUUAUGUUUGACUACAGAAGACAAGACUAGGAAUAAUGAAUGGGUAGAAGUUGUUGAGAAACCAAUUUUAACAUGAUAUGAGAAAACAUUUCCUAACAUAACUCCAUAUGCAAGAGUUACUUAAUAAUAUUUAUUGCAUUUCAUUGUACAUGUAGUAGAAACAUGACAUAGUGGAUAGAGUCUGAGAGGCCUACAUUCAAGUCCUACCUUUGAUAUAUCCUGAUAAUGGAACCCUUAGUAAAUCACUAACUUCUUAGUGCCCUGAGGCAAUCCUCUAAAAUUCUUAAGUUGCAGGACAGUUGUCAAUAUUCUGUGGUUGAGGGAAUUUCCACUGGAGGAGUUCCGUAUUCUAAAGAGGUCGCAGGUCCAAUUAAAAAAAAAAAAGCUAUCCAGAAAUAAAGUGUACAUCCUGAGGGACUUAAUACAUGUAUGCAGACAAUAUAACCAUUUAUUUGUCAGAGAUGAUGUUGAAGAAAUUCCUUCCUUGAUAAGGGUUUUGUUUGAAGACAUCUAACUUCCCUUUUACCUCUGAGGUUCUAUAACCAAUGAAAUUUAAAAUGAAAAGUCCAUACCUUAAUUGAAGAUGUACAUUUUGAAAUGUAAAUCUUGAAAUCUAGAUUUUAAGUUGGGAUAGCAAGGCAAGAGUAGGGAGGAUAACCAAGAACCAGAUUUUAUCUCUAACUCGAGUAAUUUUUAUGACUAUUUAAUUCAAUUACUCUUUAUUAAAGUGCCAAAAACUGUUCUGAUGCUGGAAAUAGAAAUGUAGUAUGAAUAUAGCACCUAAUAUCUUCAGUCUACACCCUUCUCUCUCUGGGCUGUCCCAUUCACCCAGUUUACAAUCUUUCUGGACAGGUCUGGCACUCCUAGAGAAAUAAUUACUGUUGUAACUCAUUUUCUCAGGGAUCUAGAGGUUACCUUGGUUGGAAGAAUACAGUUCUACUGUACACAAAAGCUGCUGAACCCCUACCAUUGUGCUUCCCAUUUAACAAAGCAGCUGGUUUUUACUCCUUUAACUCAACCAGAAAUUUUUAUUAAACACAAAGUGAAGCAAGAAUUAUAUAACAUUCUACUGAGGAACACACUCUCUUAUGGAUGCAUGUGGUAUCCAUUUCAUGGAUGCUACUGUGAUGAGCACAAACUUAAGAGAACCACAGCAAAUAGGUACAGGUGUAGGGAAUGGUCUGGAGCAACUCACAACUCUGGAGUUUAGACUUGUCUCUCUUGGGAACAACAACAGUUCACUGAUGGGUGGGGCCAUUUGUCUUCACUGCUUCCCUUGAGCUAAUCUUUUUCUGGGUUUCCAAGGUAGUGUUAUGUUCUUUCUACAAAAGCAAAUACCUUGAGCAGGGGUCCUCAGAGCUUCUUCAUGUCUUCUUCUUUGACUGGACUUUGAGGAGUUUCCAUCUGUCAGGGUCAGUAAAGGAAAAAGCAAAAGCAAAAACUUUCUUCCUCCAUUUAGUUCUUCCACUCAGUAAAUAAAUGAAUCAAUGAAUUAUUGAA